AUGACUGGAGGAGUUACUGGCCAUGGUAACAUCCAGCCUGAGAGCAGGAAAUUGGAGAGACCAACGAGAACAAUGCAUGAAGCUCAUGCUGCAAAUAAUAUUAGACGAAAAAGACACUUCGGGGAAAUUUGUACUGACCAGGAUGCUUUGGCUGGCUGUAGCAGGAAGGAGCUUCAGUGCCUAGAUUUUUCACAAUUUUCUAAAAGGUCAAAUAUGAUAAAAGAAGAUUCUAAAGCUACUCCAAAUUUGAUCUCGGAAGUGCUAGAUGUGAAACAGAAACUACAUAAAAUUGAAUUGGAAAUGUCUAAGCUUCGGUUAAAGCAAGUUGAGAUGGAGAAAGAUGGAAAGUCCAAUUUACUGUCAUGUUCCGAUGGAAAAAUUCAUGCAGAAGAAGAUACCAAGAUGAGAACUGUGUUUGUGACAAAUGUACAUUUUGCAGCAACAAAAGAAGCUCUAUCAUUGUACUUUACCAAGUGUGGAGUGGUUGAGAAUGUAGUGAUCUUGACUGACAAAACCACUGGCCAGAGAAAGGGAUCUGCUUAUGUUGCCUUUGCUAGCAAGGAUUCUGCUGAGAAAGCAGUGGCAUUGAGUGGUGCAACAUUUUUUUCUAGGACUUUGAAAGUAAGUGAUCAUUUAUAUCUGUUCUGCUCUGCAUUCAAAUUAAAAAACACUUGGACUUUGUUUUGGGUUGCAGAGUUAUCUCAUGCAAUUUUUUGCUCCCUACUUUUCCAAUAGUUGCACUUUAGUUUUUUUUUUUUAAUCGACCAUUACAUGUUUGGACCUCCAAGCUACACUGUUUUACACUGAGCCAUUUUUUGUUCUCUCCACUUUCAUUUAACUUAUUAUUUCCUAUGCUUGAGUAUUUAUGCAGGUGCAUGUGCCUUGGUGGGUGCGUGUGUGAGCCCCUAUCUACAUGUCAUUUUUUAAGCCUCCUAUGACACAAUUUCCUCAGAAACUGGUAUUCUGCAAGUUCGCAACACUACAUGUUGGGUGCAAGUUCCCUAUCCAAUCCGCAAGUAUGUCUGACACAAUUCAUAUCAGACGACCAACUACUUCCAGUUUGCUUGCAAGCCAACAUAUGGAACCACUAAGUUGAAAUAUCAGUACAAAUAAAUAAGCCUAAUUCUAGUUUAUGCAA